AGAAAAAAAAAAUGAGUGAGUGAGAGUGAGAUAUCAUGAUGAUUGAAGUUACUACAAACACAAAACCAAAGCAUGAAUUACAGCCAUUCAUUGAAUGAUAUUGCUAUCCAAAAUCUAAUCCUUACUUGUUUGGGCUCAUGAGUCACAACCACACAUCCACGUUGCCACAUCUUAUUUCCUUACUAUACUUCAUACUACAUAAUAAUACUAACAUUUAACUAAGACUUUGCUUCUCUGCAAAACUUCAAUACUACAAACUUCACCUUCAAAAUACUCAGUGUUCCUUGUUGGCUCAAUCAUGGCUUCGGCUACUUUCUCUGUAGCCAAACCAGCUAUUAAGGCAAAUGGGAAAGGCUUCUCUGAAUUCUCUGGUCUCCGCAACUCUUCAAGACAUCUUCCCUUUUCUAGAAAAUCUUCAGAUGAUUUUCAUUCUCUUGUUACCUUCCAGACCAAUGCAGUUGGAAGUAGUGGAGGACACAAGAAAAGUCUUGUAGUGGAAGCAAAACAACUGAAGGUAGCCAUAAAUGGAUUUGGAAGAAUUGGAAGGAACUUCUUGAGAUGUUGGCAUGGUCGCAAGGACUCGCCUCUUGAUGUCAUUGCCAUCAAUGACACCGGAGGUGUAAAGCAAGCUUCUCACCUUCUCAAGUAUGAUUCCACACUUGGAAUCUUUGAUGCUGAUGUUAAGCCUGUUGGUACUGAUGGCAUCUCAGUUGAUGGAAAGGUUAUCAAAGUUGUCUCGGACCGCAACCCUGCCAACCUUCCUUGGAAGGAGUUGGGGAUAGACUUGGUGAUUGAAGGAACUGGAGUGUUUGUGGACAGAGAAGGUGCAGGGAGGCACAUUACAGCAGGGGCUAAGAAGGUUCUCAUCACUGCCCCCGGAAAAGGAGACAUCCCUACUUAUGUGGUUGGUGUCAAUGCUGAUGCUUACACCCACGCCGACGACAUUAUCAGCAAUGCUUCUUGCACCACUAACUGCCUUGCUCCCUUUGUCAAGGUCCUUGAUCAGAAAUUCGGUAUUAUCAAGGGUACCAUGACUACCACUCACUCCUACACCGGUGACCAACGGCUUCUUGACGCGAGCCACCGUGACCUAAGGCGUGCGAGAGCAGCAGCCCUCAACAUAGUCCCAACAUCAACAGGAGCAGCUAAAGCAGUGGCCCUUGUCCUCCCAACACUCAAAGGCAAGCUCAACGGUAUUGCGCUUCGUGUGCCAACACCAAACGUUUCGGUGGUGGACCUCGUCGUUCAAGUCUCAAAGAAGACAUUUGCUGAAGAAGUGAAUGAGGCUUUUAGAGAGAGUGCAGCCAAGGAGCUGACUGGUAUUCUCUCGGUCUGUGACGAGCCACUCGUGUCUGUAGAUUUUAGGUGCACCGAUGUGUCGUCUACCGUUGAUUCGUCAUUGACAAUGGUCAUGGGCGAUGACUUGGUUAAGGUGAUUGCUUGGUAUGAUAAUGAGUGGGGUUACUCACAAAGGGUUGUUGAUUUGGCUGACAUUGUUGCCAAUAACUGGAAGUAAGAGCCAAAUAAGGUUUGUUAAUUAUAUCUAUAUCUAUAUAUAUAUGUACGUACCAUGUGCCAUUGUAAUUUUGUACACUUCUUGCUUAUUUUUUUCUUUCUAAACUUGUAUUGAGAAACAGAACCAUCAAUUUUCUCUAGCUCCUCAUUGUGCAAUAAAUUGUUUUACCUUGCUGAAA